GAACACUUCGUACGGUUUGUUUAUUCGAGUAUAAACACGUUCCAAGAUGUCUGGCCGUGGCAAAGGAAAAGCGAAGGGAACCAAGUCGAAAACUCGCUCGUCUAGAGCAGGAUUACAAUUUCCUGUCGGUCGAAUUCAUCGCCAUCUUCGUAAAGGGAACUACGCCGAGCGUGUUGGCGCCGGAGCGCCCGUGUACAUGGCCGCUGUUUUGGAAUAUCUAAGCGCUGAGAUCCUCGAGUUAGCCGGGAACGCUGCGCGCGAUAACAAGAAGACUAGAAUUAUCCCACGACAUUUGCAGUUGGCUGUCAGAAACGACGAGGAGUUGAACAGAUUGCUUCACGGUGUCACCAUCGCUCAGGGUGGCGUGCUGCCCAACAUCCAAGCCGUGCUUUUGCCCAAGAAGUCAGAGAAGAAAAGCAGUUAAAAACGCGACUACGAGAAAGUGAAGGAGUUGUAUCGCUUCGUGAUGAAAGACAAUAAUAAACGUUGGUACAUCCCAGUUGAAAUGAUCUUAGAAUUGUACAUAAGUGUUACUUCGCAGAUUUAUAAAUCAAGUAUAUGUAGCUUGGAAAUAUUUAAGUUAGUUUUAUUUCAAUAUUUGUAGUUCCCUCUUUAAACGGUUCGGCGAAUAAAGUCUUAACAUUCAGUUUUA